AUGGAGUUGGAGAACAUAGUGGCGAACACCGUGCUGCUCAAAGCCCGCGAAGGAGGUGGAGGAAACAGAAAAGGAAAGAGUAAGAAGUGGAAACAGAUGCUACAGUUUCCUCACGUCAGUCUGUGUGCGGAGCUGCGACAGUCCAUCGAGAAAGACUACAGCAGCCUGUGUGAGAAGCAGCCGAUUGGACGUCUCCUAUUCAGACAAUUCUGUGAGACUCGGCCGGAGCUCAAGAGAUGUGUCAAGUUCCUUGACGCUGUGGCAGAUUAUGAGGUGACUCCAGAUGAGAAGAGGAAAGAGUGUGGAGAAGAGGUCAUCAACAAAUACCAAAACCCAAAGUCAGAGGAUUUUGUCUCGGAGCUGGAAGAGUCCAUGAUGUCCCAGUGUGCAGAGCGACUUCAGGAAAAUGCCUCCAAAGAACUGUUCAAAGACUGCACCAGGAGGAUCCAUGACUUCCUGUCUAUGGCCCCGUUCGCAGACUUCCUCGACAGUAUGUUCUUCAACCGCUUCCUGCAGUGGAAGUGGCUCGAGAGGCAACCGGUGACGAAGAGCACAUUUCGACAAUACCGAGUAUUGGGUAAAGGAGGCUUUGGCGAGGUGUGUGCAUGUCAGGUGCGGGCCACAGGGAAAAUGUACGCCUGCAAGAAAUUGGAGAAGAAGAGGAUAAAAAAAAGAAAAGGGGAAGCCAUGGCUCUGAACGAGAAGCAGAUCCUGGAGAAAGUCAACAGUCGAUUUGUGGUGAGUCUAGCGUACGCCUACGAGACCAAAGACGCGCUGUGUCUGGUGCUGACACUGAUGAACGGAGGAGACCUGAAGUUUCACAUUUAUCACAUGGGAGAAGCGGGUUUCGACGAGGAGAGAGCCGUUUUCUACACUGCGGAGAUCUGCUGCGGGCUCCAGGAUCUGCACCAUGAGCGGAUCGUCUACAGGGAUUUGAAACCGGAGAAUAUUCUGCUCGACGAUCAUGGUCACAUUCGUAUCUCGGACUUGGGACUAGCGGUGCACGUUCCUGAAGGAGAGACGAUAAAGGGCCGUGUGGGGACAGUCGGAUACAUGUCUCCGGAGGUGAUUCAAAACGAGCGGUACACGUUCAGCCCGGACUGGUGGGCUCUGGGCUGCCUGCUGUACGAGAUGAUCGAGGGGCAAUCUCCGUUUCAGCAGCGAAAGAAAAAAAUCAAGAGGGAGGAGGUGGAGCGGCUGGUGCAAGAGGUGGAGGAGGAUUACUCCGGCAAGUUCUCAGAAGACGCCAAGAACGUCUGCCAACAGCUCUUGGCCAAAGACCCUUCCAGACGCCUCGGAUGUCUCGGGGAGGGAGCUGCAGAAGUCAAAUCUCACCCCAUUUUUAAGUCCAUGAACUUCAAACGCUUGGAGGCCGGGAUGCUGGAGGCUCCAUUCAUCCCAGACCCUCAGGCCAUUUACUGUAAAGACGUCUUGGACAUUGAACAGUUUUCUACAGUCAAAGGAGUCGAGAUCGAAGAAAAAGAUGAAUCUUUCUAUUGUAAAGUGUCCACGGGAUGUGUGUCCAUCCCCUGGCAGAAUGAGAUGAUCGAGACAGAGUGCUUCAAGGAGUUAAACGUCUUCGAACAGGACGGAGCAGUUCCUCCAGAUUUAGACUGGAGGGGACAGCCCUCGUCUCCUCCCAAACAAGGGCUGCUGCAGAGGCUCUUCGGACGAACGGACUGCUGUGGUAACUGCAGCGACAGUGACGAUGAACCCACCCGCCUGUAA